AAUACAAUUUAAUUUAUUCCGCUUACGAUUAUCCCUGCGCGUCGUUGCCAGCCGGACGGCUUUCGUUUUUCAUUUCUAGCGGGCAAAAACGACGCGAACGUGGCUCGUUCGUCCAUGUUCCACCGCCCUCCUCCCUGAUCGCCGUGCACGCGUUCGAUUUCACGAUAAUCCGGAUCGAGCUCUCUCUAAUCGAAACCUGCGAGCGAACUGAAACGAACGGGGGAGAAGAAAAGGGAGGUUACUUGUCACCGAGACGAAUUAAUAUAUGUAUUACAUUGUGAAUUUGAAACUUUGACGUUUCGUCUCGUCGUGAUUUUCAAUGGGCAGAGCAUUCUGUCGUCGGACCGUGUAUUUCCUUUUCUUUCUGUUCCGUCGUCCUGUCCCGUGGAAACGAGCACUGGAUUUCAACGUACCGGAAGCAUGUACACUUUGAAUGGUCAAUUGCGUCACAUUUUCUGUUCCCGAUUCUCCCUUCGGGGAGGGGAAAACGGGAGGGUUGUUUUCUUUCGAACGAAUGCGGGAUUAUUUGUAAAAUAAAGUAUUUUGACACGGCUGAGGUAUGACAAUAAAAUUGGCCAAAGUGUAUGAGCUGGUUUGAUUUGAAACCUAAUCAACGGCGAGCAAAACGAUGAAUUAAUAGGAUAGUUACUAAUACCGUGUUAUCGUGCGGGCUCGUUUCAUGAUGUUUACCCGGGAAUCAGCGAUACGAUGAUCGAAUGGUGAACCAUGAUAAGUCGCUCUACGUGGACACGACGCGAGGCUCAGGCACAUGUACGAUGUAACAAUGUAACGUGUAUGGUUUACGACACAGAACGACGCCUUGUAACGAGACGAAAAUAACGAUGCUGUAUAGGAUUGAUUAAAGAGAAGGCAAAUACAAUUUCGUUUAUAUCAAAGGGGACGAACUUUUGGAAUGAAUUAAUCCUUAUUGGUUGCUGGGAUCGAUUGACGGUUUCGAUAGCUUUGACAAGUUGGAUUUGAGUACAUGAACGUAAUCUGUAUUAAUCUAUGGUUUGAAGACGUGGGAUAAUGUCACGUGUUAACGAGUAAUGGAAAUGUAUUAGAUAUUGAAAGAAUAUUUAAGGGAAGAACUUGUCGAUGCUUCGUGUUUUGGAAUCGUUUGACGUAUGUCACUCUGAAGAGUGACAGGUUAUGUUCUCAGUCAUGGGAUUCUCGAAUGCUAUGAGAAUAAACGAUAAAUGCUGACGGGAAUUCGAAAAUAUUACUUUAUGCACUUGUUUGUUUGUAUUAACGAUUCAGGAAAUUUUGUGGAGAUCGGGUGUACACCUACUGUGACACGUAUACAUACAGUCGAAUUUAAUUCUAACAAUGGAUCAGAUCGAAGAAUUACAACGUCGAAUAAAGGAGCUGGAAAAUGAAUUGUUGGAGGAACAAAGCAAAAACAUGUUAUCAACCAGAGAAAAGAUAGAACAUAUGUCAAGUGAAGUGGUUGAUUCAAACCCUUAUAGUCGGCUAAUGGCUUUGAAGCGCAUGGGAAUAGUGGACAAUUAUGAAAAGAUAAGGGAAAUGUCGAUAGCUAUAGUUGGUGUAGGUGGAGUUGGAAGUGUGACUGCUGAAAUGCUCACGAGAUGUGGCAUAGGAAAGUUAAUACUGUUCGAUUAUGAUAAAGUGGAGAUGGCAAACAUGAACAGACUCUUCUUUCAACCACACCAGGCUGGUCAAAGUAAGGUAGAAGCAGCAGCGAAAACAUUACAAUACAUUAAUCCUGAUGUGAAUAUUGAAACACAUAAUUACAACAUUACUACUGUGGAUCAUUUUGAUGAUUUCAUGAAAACCAUAAGCUCAUCCAGUUUAAGCAAAGGGCCGGUAGAUUUAGUACUAAGUUGUGUAGAUAACUUUGAAGCACGAAUGGCAAUUAAUACUGCCUGUAAUGAGCUAAACCAGAAGUGGUUCGAAAGUGGAGUCUCUGAGAAUGCUGUUUCUGGACACAUUCAGUUUAUCAUUCCUGGAGAGACUGCUUGCUUUGCGUGUGCCCCUCCAUUGGUAGUAGCAGAAAAUAUAGAUGAGAAGACACUAAAGCGGGAUGGCGUUUGCGCAGCUUCUUUGCCUACAACCAUGGGAAUUGUAGCUGGAUUUUUAGUUCAAAAUACGUUGAAGUAUCUUUUACAUUUCGGUGAUGUGUCUUAUUACUUGGGUUACAAUGCUAUGCAAGAUUUCUUCCCUAAAAUGACAUUAAGGCCGAAUCCAAAUUGCGACGAUAGAUAUUGCAAAGAACGUCAAAAAGAGUACGCAUUAAAACCGAAACCCCAGCUAAAAGAAAAAGAAAUCAUAGAAGAUAAACCAUUACACGAAGACAACGAAUGGGGAAUUUCACUCGUCGAUGAGCAAGAUCAACAGGUGGAUGAGAACGAGCGUCCAGCGUUUAUGGGAGUGAGGGAAGCUCACAGUUUACCGUCUCGUUCAAACGAUUCGCAGAACCAUGAUAUGCCAACCGAAACAGGCCCAAGUCUAGAGGAACUUAUGGCUCAAAUGAAAUCCAUUUGAAUUUCAUUUAAUUCGCAUUCGAAGGAUUUCUUUGGCUUUUACAUAUAACUUGAGUAACAUCAAGUCUACACUUCUACUAUGGGAAACAGUGAAAUAAAACGCAGAUUCACAAUGAGAUAAUACUCUAUACACUGUAUCUUGAGAAUAGAAUGAGCUAAUAUUUGUACAUUUGUCAGAAAUUUCCCAUAAUAUGUUUUGGUUGUGAUUAAAUUUUUAUUCAAGAA